AUGACUCAACACAGAAGCAGCCUUAUCCAGUGUCCAAACUACACAGAAGCACAUAAUCUAACACGUGUCUCAGAAUUCCACCUCAUGACUCUCUCAGAGGAUCCAGACCUGCAGCCCGUCCUCUUUGGGCUGUUCCUAUCCCUGUACCUGGUCACAGUGCUUGGGAACCUGCUCAUCAUUCUGAUCAUCAGCUCCGAUUCCCACCUCCACACCCCCAUGUACUUUUUCCUGUCCAACCUGUCCUUCUCUGACAUCUGCUUCAUCUCCACCACUGUCCCAAAGAUGUUUAUGGACAUCCAUUCUCAGAGCAGAGUCAUCUCUUAUGGGGGCUGCCUGAUGCAGAUGUCUCUGUUUAUCUUUUUCAUAUGUUUGGAUGACAUGCUUCUGACUGUGAUGGCCUAUGACAGGUUUGUGGCCAUCUGCCACCCCCUGCGAUACCACAGCAUCAUGAACCAUCAUCUUUGUGGAUUCUUCAUAUUUGUGUCUUUUUUAUUUAGUUUUUGGAUCUCCCAGCUACAAAAUUUGAUCAUUUUAAACUUUGACUACUUUAAGAAUACAGAAAUUACUAAUUUUUUCUGUCACCCUUCUCAACUUCUUAAUCUUUCCUGUUCUGAUACCAUUAGCAAAAAUGUAGUCAUGUACUUUGUGGGAGCCAUCUCUGGUUUUCUUCCUCUCUCAGGAAUCUUUUUCUCUUAUUACAAAAUUGUUUCCUCCAUUCUGAGAAUCCCAUCAUCUGAGGGGAAAUACAAAGCUUUCUCCACAUGUGGGUCUCACCUCUCAGUAGUUUGCUUAUUUUAUGGAACUGCAAUUGGAGAUUACCUUGCAUCUGCUGCAUCAGAUUCUCCUGGAAAUAGUACAGUGGCCUCACUGAUGUACACAGUUUUCACCCCUUUGCUAAACCCCUUCAUCUACAGUCUGAGGAACAAGGACAUGAAAAGUGCCCUGUGGAGGAUACAGAACAGAACAAAGUAA